AUGGCCACCUUCGGGGAGCAGCAGAACGAGGAGGGGCACGCGGCGGUGGCGGCCAAGAGGCGAAUGGCGCGGCCGACCAAGAAGGCCAGGAAGCCAGAGUUCCUCGGCGAGCCCGUCCCCGCCGACGAAGCCUGCGCCAACUGGCCGCAGUGUUACCACUGUGCCUCGCCCAUGAGGGCCGCCACUGGGAUCCACAGGGUGCGCCUCCACCCCCCUGCAGCUCCAUCACGUGUGAUGUUGGUGGCCCAGCUCGCCGGCGUUCUGAGUACGGCCUCGGCUACAAACUCUGACGGUGAGUUUCAAACCCAAUUCCGCUGCCGCACUGAUCGAUCUGGCCUUGUUGGGGAUGCUCCCUGGAUAACUGUACCAUACCCAUUCCAGUGGGGAGCACUGACUUUUCAUGCUGCUGAAUGCUUUGCCAUGAUGGCAGCUGCUUUUGUUGCUCUUGUGGAGUUAGUCAGUGCCUCGUAUGGUUAG